AUGGUGUCACUCAAAAUCAUUCGCGUCACUGUUGCAGCCCUGUGCAUUGGACAGGCAGUGGUCGCCGCCCCCGUUGGAGAUUUAUCUGUGGCCAAACACGAUGUUAAUAAGCGUUGGGACUUCCUAUGGAUCAUCUUCCCACAGGAGUAUGAGGACGCCGUCGACGAGAAUGGCAAUGCCAAACUCUCGGAUGCUCCUUUCGACUUGGAUAAGAUCGACCCGGCUAAGCUUGCGGAGUCCAUCGCUACCGCUCAGGCUGCCAAGGCUGCUCAGGCCGGUGGUGCUGCGCACAAGUAA